AUGGAUACCGAUAAAAACUAUGAAUUCCUGAUGGGUAUAAAAAGUUCUUUUUCGCUUGACGAGUCUGGAAGCUCUUCUAGUGCGGAGGAUAAGGCAGUCCGUCGACAAGUUGCUCUUCUCAUCUCUAGCUAUAAAACAAGCGAUUCUCGGAAAUUUGAAGCGGAUGUCAAACAAUUUCUUGACGAAGGGACACUUCCACCCACCAUCAACAAACAAGACGUUAAAUCAGACUCUACUGGGAGUGGAACCGCGAUCCCCCCUGGAAUUACGCUUGAAAAACACCUAGAAAACCUCCAGCAUUUGAUAGAACUCAACAAUGUCCAUCCAGAGCCAGAAGACAUCGCUGGUGAAGAGAUUGAUUUUACAAAUCUCAUGGAUUUCUCUGAACUGGAGAAGAUUCCUCGCAAGCUUGAAGGUUUUCUCAAGUGGAGGAUAGCCUUCCAGCAGAAGCAAGCGAACAGUAUGCUCAAACAAUACUCAGAGAAGUAUGGGUAUCAACCACUGUUUCGUAAGGCAAUUCGAGAAUAUUUCACAACGUAA